AUGGUUUUAAAACGUUCUGGCACAAUUCGUCUCGCAGAUUUACGCUUUGAUAGUUUGGAACACUUGAAGUCGUGGUGUGAUGCUAAUCAUAAGCAAAAAUGGGAGCAGACAAUUGGACGACUUACCUCUUGCAAAGCAUUCGAUCAUGCAGAACGUGUCUAUGAUGAAGCAAGACUGAAAAUGAAGGAAGGAGAUGAAGAAGAUGCCUAUAAGUUAUUCAUGCGUAUGGGUAUCAUCUCAAAGCUAAUCAUUAGCAAAAAUGAUUUUGAUGACUUCAAGAAUUCUCCGGUAGUUAUAAGCAUAGAUGAUAAAAUUGAUUCAAUCAGUAGUGAGACUCAGCUUAAUGGUCGUCGUUUAUAUCACUUAUUCGAGCAAUGCAUUGGUUUUAUGAAUGAAUUGGAAGAAAGUUUAAUUAAACGAUAUGAGUUAAAAAAUGUUGAAAAAAGUUAUAGUGAAAAAAAUGUUGACAUUAUGCAACAUGAUGGGGCAAAUAAACAUGAAGUUGAUUUGACAGAUGAUUCGUUAGUGAUAGAUCCACGGGAUUUAGUACGUUAUAUUUCUUCAAAACAUCAAGCCCUUAUUAUUGACUAUCGGAGUGAUCAGACUGACAUCAUACAGUAUACAAGUGGCAAUCAGUUGAUGGUUGCGCAAGUUCCUGCUGAUGCUGUCGUCCCAGGUUGUAUUGGUUCUUCAUUGAUCCGUUCGGCUGAGAUCGGUCAGCGAGUACUACUUCAACGUAUGGCCGACGUUGACAUAGUAGUGCUUAUGGGAAGUGAUCGAGCUCCAAUCGAUGAAAAAAACAUGGUUGCGGGCUCGAAGGAACAGAUUCUCUACAGUGCAUUAUCUACGGUACUGCUGCAUCAAAUUGAUAAUUCGAUGAAUGCUCAAUACAAUAAUAACUUUCGUUUGAAAAAUCCGCCAAAAUUUUUGAAAGGUGGGUUUGAGAGUUGGCGCUUGUAUUAUCCAAUGCACACAUCUACAAAAUCUGCAGUUCGAAAAAAAUUUAUUGAUAUUGCGGCAAGUCGUACCGAAUUUGCAAAGGCUGUUGCUGAAUACAAAAAAGACUACGGAAUCGAUUCUUUAGAAUACCCUCAGUUACUGUCUGCAUCUCAUUCUAAACCCAAUCAGUCACCUCACUCUAGCAUCUCAGACAGUGCCAUACAUCAUCGAAAGGGUUCCGAGUCUAAUGCUGUAGCAGCUUCGGAAAUAGUAACGGAUCCCAAACAUAUCUGUGGUGCUGACGAAACCAGUGAUGAUAAACGUAACGAUGUAGUUCCUGCGUCUGCAGCAAAUGAACCUCCUCUAAUUGACCGAAGCAAGAAGCCUUCCAGACAAACAUCUAUCAAAGACAAGUCAAAAUCACCUAUCAAAAAAUCAACUCGAGUAGUAGCUGGUGGUGCGAAGUUUUGUGAUAAAAAUCUCAGAUCUAGAAGUGCAGUUACUAUGCCAAACGUACCAGACAGACUUUUGAAACCUCAAGCAAGUCAAAAAGAUAUUGAGGAGAAACUACUUCAGUUAUAUGGGUCUAUGUUGAACAUUCUUAGUAGCUCUGGUGUCUCCCGAAAUUGUUGUCCUGGAUACACUGGCUUUUACAAUCUCGAAAAUACGUGUUUCAUGAAUGCUGUUUUACAAGCGCUAUUAAAUACAGCUCCUCUUCGAAAGAUAUUCACUAAAGACAAGUUUAUGAAAUACGUGAACAGGUACUACUUUAAUGCCAAGCAAAACAACAGAGUGGGAACGAUGGGAGUCAUAUCAUCAGCAUUUUCAGCACUGAUGGAUACUGCUUGGAGUGGAAUGUAUAGUGUCCUACGACCGCAGCAAUUUCUUGAGACAUUCGCUGCUGAAGUAAAUGCUUCGUUAGCAAAUGGUCAGCAGCAUGAUGCGCAAGAAUUCCAGAUAUAUUUACUUGAUGCAUUACAUGAAGAUACAAAUCGGGUGGUGAAACGUAUCUCAUUUGAACAGAACUAUACAGGAGAAAAUUUGAAAGCAGAAGCGGCUGAUUAUAGAGAAAAAUUGAAGGACUUUGCUAGCUCACCAAUUAGCGACACAUUCAACUGUCAAACAAUGUCUAGUUUGCAAUGUAAUAAAUGCAAAAGACAAAGUGUGACUUUCGAGGAACUGGUCCAGCUAUCAGUUGAAGUUCCAGACAAAAAUUUAGCACUGCUUGAAGAUUGCAUACGCAAUCAUUUUCAAGAUGUGGAACUUGAUGGUUCAUGCAAAUGGCGGUGCCCUGAUUGUCAGUCUUUGCAAAGUGCGACUCGUAAAAUGUUAUUGUGGAAACUCCCGUUAAUUCUAGUCAUACAUUUGAAGCGUUUCACAUUUAUUGGAGAUAGAUGGCAAAAAAAUAAUAUCAAUGUGAGGUUCGACACAUUGCGACUGGAGCUUCAAAAUGAGUAUUACAAUUUGUAUGCUGUUGUAAACCAUAAAGGAAAUUUAAAUAGCGGACACUACACUUGUAUGGUUCGUAAUCAGAAUCGUAAUCAGUGGCUGUUAUUUGAUGAUGAUGUCGUUACACCAAUCGACGUAGGUUCAGUAUGUACGAAAUAUGCUUUCAUUUUAUAUUUCGAAAAAGAUUCUCCUGCGAAAACGACGACUCUUUAG